CCACACAAACGGAGCCAAGCCAAGCGGAGUACCGAGAGAAACACCUAUAAAAAUCCACUGAUAAAGUCAAGCAGCAGCAACCAGUUCAAGCAGUCAUAAGGAUAAUGCGUAGCUGGCUUUUAUUGGGAUUAUAUGCGCUGCUAAUCGCCGCAACAGUUGGCCAGCCGCUGGAGCAGAAUGCGCCCGCCGAGAAGCAGCUGCAGGAGGAGCAGGAGGAGCGAGGAGAGCGCGUGAGUCGCCAAAUUGGCUAUGGAGGAUAUGGUGGCUAUGGAGGCUACGGUGGAUAUGGCGGAGGCUACGGUGGAUAUGGCAACUACGGUGGAUAUGGCGGCUACGGCAGCUACGCCGGCAUGCGCUAUCCUUAUUAUCCUUAUGGCAAUCUGUAUGGCUCCAGCCUCGGGCUGGGACUGGGCGGACUGACUGGCAGCGGAUAUUAUGGUCGUCCUUAUGGUUAUGGCAAUGGCUAUAAUAUUGGAUAUCCGCUCAUUGGCGGCUUUGGUGCCACUGCCGGCGGCGGCCUCGGCGGCGGCAUCUAUGGCGGUGCACCGUUCGCUUAAGAACCCAACAAAAAAAUAAGAGUAAAAAUAGAAAACGAUAAACGA